UGGAUCCGCAGCUGAAGCACUUUUGUUUGAGCUCCCGUCUACGAAGCGACAGAGGUGCAAACCUGGACUAUUUACAACAGUCAAAUAAACUACAUGCGACGGUUUCCGUCCCUAAACGAAGCGAUUGAAUCAAACGAGCAGGAAUAGUAAAACACGAUCACAGUGCAGCCGCUGCGGUGUUUGUUUUCGGAGGAUAAAGUUAAAGGAGCCAGCCAUGCCUGUACCGAGGGGAAAGAAACCCACAGUCACCGCUGGGAGCACGAUACCCAAGCUUACUGCAGCAAAGACUGAGAACCAGUUUCCUGUUGUGUUGCAGGAGGAAGGCCCGCAGGUGAAGAGGGCCUCCUCCCCUCCUCAUGGGGCCCCCAAGAAGAGGACUGCUUUUAUCGACAUCACUAAUGCUAGCAGCGUGUGUCUGUCAGACUGUCUGCCCUACAGUGACGGCAGCUUCAGGACAGCUCAUAAGGUUCAGAUCAGCCUUCCAGGGAGGAAGAAGGAAGCGGCGAAGAAGCAGGCAAAGAAAACAAGCUCCACCUCGGUGUCAAAGAAGAAUCAUGCCAACCUGAAAAAGUCUUCGUCAGUGAGCUCAGAGGGAACUCCGGCUGAGAAAGAAAAGGCUGAUGCACAGGAGGAGAAGGAAGAGGAGGCCCAGAAGGAUGUAGCAGCUCCAGUAGAAGAGCGGGUGGCUGCUUCGCCCCCUGCUGCCCGUGAAGUGCCAGCACACCUUCAGAAACAACAAAUCCCAGAGGAGUUUGACAUUGACUCUGAGAACUCGGAGGACUGUUACAUGUGUCCAGAGUAUGCGAAGGACAUCUUUGACUACCUCAAACAGAGAGAGGAAAAGUUUGUCCUCUGUAACUACAUGCCCCAGCAGCCCAGCCUCAACCCCGAGAUGAGGGCAAUCCUGAUUGACUGGCUGGUGGAAGUACAGGAGAACUUCGAGCUGUACCACGAGACCCUGUACCUGGCCGUGAAGAUGACAGACCACUACCUGUCCAAGACCCCAGUCCACAGGGAGAUGCUGCAGCUCGUCGGCUCCACCGCCAUGCUCAUUGCCUCCAAAUUUGAGGAGCGCAGUCCGCCAUGUGUCGACGACUUUCUUUAUAUUUGCGAUGACGCGUACAAGAGGGAGGAGCUCAUCUCCACGGAGGCCACCAUCCUGCAGACGCUGUCCUUCGACAUCAACAUCCCCAUCCCCUAUCGGUUCCUCAGACGCUAUGCCAAGUGUGUGAGUGCAGGCAUGGACACGCUGACUCUGGCCCGGUACUACUGUGAAAUGAGUCUCAUGGAGAUGGAGCUGGUGUCGGAGAGAGGCUCGCUGCUGGCCUCAGCCUGCCUGCUGAUGGCGCUAGUCACCAAAGACCUCGGAGGAUGGUGUCCCAUCCUGCAGUUCCACUCCGGCUAUCAGACGUCAGAUUUGGCGCCCGUUGUCAGAAAGCUCUACGAGAUGCUUUUAGCUGCUCCUGAUGAUAAACUGAGAGCCAUCAGAAACAAAUACUCUCACAAGGUGUUUUUCGAAGUUGCGUCCCUGCCGUUGGUCAACAUUGACAUUUUGGAGAAAGCGUUAUCUCAGUGAGAUGUCACCUCCCAAAAAAUCAAAUCUUGCCAGUCUGUAUAUAAUUUGUUAAUGUUUAAUAUUUAUACACAUAGUCUAGUCUUGUCUUAUCUAUUGGAAAUAAAUCUUUAAUGCCAGUUUGUGAUGGAAAAGAGUUUUAAUGUGGGCAUUUGUUAUUAAGAAGUUUGCCAGUUUAACGUUGUUAAUAAUGACUUUGUUUUAGUGUAACAUUUGAUUACACUUUUUUUACAUUCAUUUUAACUUUUUAUAAUAUAAAAGACAAAAAUCUUAAUUCAUUAGUAAUCUGUAAGCCCCGUCGGUGUGUACAACAAAGUAUACGUUUAAGUUAAUGGUGAGAUGGAGAAUGCUUAUUUUUACUGAUGAAUUAUGCACUGGCCCAUAAGUUUUAUAGGUUCAUAUAUUGCUGAAGUUAGCCGGUAUGCAUAUGUGUAUUUUCAUACAUUGUACAGUGUUUAUCAUGUUAAUAUUACUAUGCUAAUUAUUUGUAUAAAAGACGACCGGAUGAUGCUAUGCUAUUUUUAAAUGGCUGUCAUGCGUACUCUUAAAAUAAAGAUUUUUUUUUUUUUUGGUUA